AUGUCGCACGUCGUCGACGAGAAUCAAGCAUUCAUCGAUGAAUGGACGAUCAGCUCACGUCUUCUAUUCUACACCGUCGUCAUCAUCAGCGUGAUGGCGUUGCCGAUGCUCGUCGCAAGUUUGAUCUACGUGAUGCUCCGCCGAAAAUCGCAAUUCGUUUCCUAUUUGUGCUCGAUUCUCUCGGCCAACAUGGUCCUUCUUGGCACACUUUUUGCAAGUGUCAUCAUUGAAAAAAUGAAUAUCAUUGAUGACUGGCUUCCGGGUUCGAUUUCCUGCAAAGCCACCGCAUUUCUCGUCAACACAUCGUCAUGCUUCAUUCAUUGGACUUGGGUGGUUAUGUAUGCGCAGAGAUUCCUUUUUGUGUUCUACCCAUUACGGGCGAGAAGGUCCCGCUGGAAAUCCUAUUACAUACUAACAGGAGUACUCAUCUCUUCAGCUUUACUUCAAUUAUGGACAUUAUUAUUUAUAACAAGCCGCCACGUGGAUGUAAGCUUCCAUGAUGUCGAGAGAAUAUAUUGCGGUGACGACCCGUCAUAUUCAUCAAGAUCGAAAAUCAUUAUAAUUUUCGUCGAAUGCGUCAUCGCGUUCUUCAUUCCGCUGACGCUCACUAUUCUUGCUGACAUCUCGGUGCUGAUGUUCAAGAACUCGUGUCAUGAGCAAUUCACGCUCGUCGCCAAUGAGGAGAUCGGCGACGGCACACGGAAGCAGAGCAACAUGAAAAUUGUCUCGAGUAAUACUAUCAGGAGCUCCGAACGUCGAAGAAGCAUGGCCAUCCGGCGUUGCCUGGCAUCAGCGACAAUAAACCUACUCCUAAAUCUGCCGAAUUAUAGCUUACAGUUGUUCGACGAGUUUUAUCCGUUAAGGAAUAAUCCAUCAACGGACGUUCGACGGAAGUUUUUAAAGAUCGACGCAUUCGUGUAUAUUCUCUAUUUAUUGCAAUUCCUAAUUUCUCCAUUAUAUAUUUUCAUUCUCACGCGAAACGUGAAACGAAGGCCAUCGUAA